AUGGCAGAAUCACACACCAAUGGCCACCACUCCCAGGCUCCACCCACCGCCUCCGACCUCCUCACUCGCUGCCAAUCCCUCCUCUCCGAACUCGAAACCUUCAAGGAAUACCUCAAGUCCCGCAAACAAGACCACCAAGUCGAAAUCGCUCACUUCCGCAACACUGUAAAGUCUGAAUUGCGAACUUUGCAACGUCUGGCCGCUUCUACCUCCAAUGACGCCUCUUCCUCCAACGACGAUGUACAAAAUACAACACAACACACUGUCAACUCUUCCAAUUUGCCGUUUUUGGAGGCGGUGUGGGGUGUGGUGAAGAAUAAUACUGGUCUACAAGCUAUGCAAAAAAGAUUCUACUGGCAGGAAAAGGGACAGAAACGGGGACAGAAGAAACAGAAUUCGGCGCUUGUGGAUGUGGUUGCGGGAGAUGGGUUGGAAUGGUUCAAAGUCAGUUUGCUCACCAACAAUAGACUGUUGUUUGAUAAGGCAAAGUUGGGCUGGGAGGAUGCGUCCAGCAGCGAGGAAGAGGAAGACGAGGAUGGACAUGGCAAAGAAGACGUAAAGGAAAAGGAAGAUGAAGAUGAUGUGCCCUUGGUCAAGAUGACCAAGGAUUUGGUCAGAGCGGCCAAGGAAGUCAAGAUAAGAACCAGAUCUCCAAAGAUUACCUUGGUCUUGCCCAAAUUGAGGGAGGGUGAAGUGGUCGAGAUUGACCGCAUAUUGGAUCAAUUGCGCGCUUUGGCCUACAACCCCAUCCCCUUUUCCUCAGUGAUGCCCCACCUCCUCACCGACCCCUUCGCCUCCUUCACCCCUUCCCUAAACAUCGACUGCACAAUCCUCCUCGCCCUCGUCAGUGACUUCAGCCACUGCUCCGUCAGCGCCGAACCCUGGUUCCACCGCGCCCUAAAACGCCAAGUCGAAAUCGAAGACGAGGAAAACUUGCUCCCCAAUUUGCUUUACCCAGCACUGGCAAACAGGAACUUGGUAUGUACGGACGAGGCAGCCCGCCGCAUGCGAGAAAUCGUGGAUACUAUAGGCACUGCUGGCGAAAAACAACGCACCAAACUAUUUAUGGGGGAUACUGGUUUGUCAGCCACAGAUCUGCGACAAGAGCUGGAAAAGCAGUCGAGGUUUGAAGUUCCUGAAUCGCUGAGAUUACCAAUUACGACACAGGUUCCUGAAGACACACCUACGACAUUGCCGCUUUCGGCUACAGCGGUCAAGGAGCAGUUGACGUCUAUCAACCAGAGUGUGUUUUUGCACGGUUGGGCGGGAGGCAUCACCACUGUUACGAGUAACAGGACUGUAGUCAAGCAGAUUGAGAAUAUCCUUGCCAAGGAAGCUAGUGAUGAGAAGGAGUGGCCUUUGAUUUGGCUGUGUCCUACAGCUCGAAGUUUGGUCGGCAAAGAAAAAGGAAGAAGGGAUUGA